CGUAUACCCUGGCGUUUGUCUCAUCCUAACAUUGUGCGGAUGAUGGCUGUCGCCACGACAGAGACCAAGAUCCUCAUUGCUAAUGAGUACAUCAACGGUGCUAAUCUGCAACAGAUUCUUCACACAGAAAUCACUCUUAAGUUGCAGCAAGAGGACAAGCUGUUUGUGGCCUUAGACCUUGCCAUGGCUGUUGAAUACAUACACGGGAAAAAAAUCAUCCACCAGGACCUGAAGCCAGCAAAUAUAAUGGUUGCUGCAGAGAACAAAAAGGCCUACCUGACUGACUGGGGCUUGGCAAACCUGUUGGAGACUGUGACGAUGACAUCUGGAAGCAGUCACAUGGGGGCUUCCUGUGGCCCACUGGGGGGGACGCCACAGUACAUGGCCCCAGAAUGUCUCGUAGAGUGUAACAAAUGCAGCACCAUGUCUGACACGUGGUCUCUUGGCAUAACUCUUCUCGAGAUGUUUACAGCUUCUAAACCGUGGUCAUACAGCUCACUGCAAGAAAUGCGUAAGCUUCUUUACAAUAAAACAACUCCCCAGGCCAUGUCUAAACUACAGCAACCACUUCACGACAUUGUGAAACCACUGCUUCAAUAUGAUCCUGAGUCCCGUAUGGAGACCAAGGAUCUGAUAGCAUUGUUGAAGACAAAAGUUGAUAUCACCAAACGAUAUGGGCAUGGAUGGUAGGGAUAUGCUACAAAAAUCAGAGUAGUGUUACUACGUAAUUACAUGUGCGUGCCAUUUUAAUACCUUGUGUCAUGUAUUUCUUUACACCUUUCUUAUACAUUAUUAUCACCCAGUGAGGAGACGGAACGCCUUCUGAUUGGCUGAGCAGGUGUCCUUUAUUCCCCGGUAGCAGGACACCUAUGAUGCGGGCGGGCGUCCAAGUUGCUUCUAUUCUAACUUUCUGGCGAAGUGCCGUUACUAGUUCUAUCGCAUCUGGUUGUCUAGUCAAGA